UGCAACCGUCAAAGCCAAUACUUCCGCUUCUGAAAGGUUCUGAUGAGAAAAGGUCCAUAAAUAUAUCAGUUGGCUCAUUACCGACAGACAGAGAGAGAGAGAAGCAGGAUGGAAGGAACGUGCAGUGCAAUCAUCUAGCGUACGUGGUAGAUGCCAUGGUAUGUAUACGUCACACCUAGUCGGGUGGCUAGUUCUCUUGACACCCCAUCACACGGUUUCGAAUGGACUCAGCAGAUGGACUUGCCAAACUCUCAGUCCCGGCUCCCGUGAUCGCGGCACAAGUGCAGGGUUGAGAACACGUCGCGUUAUGUGUGUGCGCGUGCAUGCAUGCCAGCAACAGCCAGGAGGCUGCGAGGAGAGGCAGCAACAUCCAUCAGUCGGUGAGUGACGACCUGCUUCUCGCCACCCCCUCCGUUGUUCCCGAAGACCAAACAUAUCACGUGACAAAAGACGCUGUGGUGUCAUUGGAUGUGUCACAGAUUUUAACCCCAUCUACCUCCCUUCAUCCCCUCCUCUAACUCGCCGUUGUAUAACAGUUCUGCGACCUCUGUCUCCUCCCAGGAUCCUGUAUUCGUACGAGAUUUACCUUUGUCAAAACAAACCAGGCAACGCUUUGUGCGUGGUGUGAGAGGUCAUCUGUGACUAAAACAGAGCCAGAGGCUUUAUGUAAACUUUUGGUGAGAGGACAAAAAACCGACCCAACGCCUUUUUGUCUCAGAUCGUCUGGGAAAGAAAAGCCAGUAUGAAAUAUUUGCAAGCGACUUGUGUAGUGGUGGUGUUGGUGAUGGCAGGAGGGUUUGUGGAGCUUCGCAAUUCCGGGAAAAAAGAGAGAUCACAGUUCUACCAUCACCUGACGAGACGACAAAUCGCUUCGGAAGAACUCGGGCCAAUCCCGCUGACAUCACGUGACUCGGCAUCACAACAGUCGGGUGGAGGACACGGCAGGAACCUGAACCCGAACUCCCAAGGCACCUACUACACAAGUUACCCGGGGUAUUCACAGGUGGAUCCAGACGAGGAUUGGCUGGCGUCGUCAGAUUAUUCCCGUCCGUCAUACUCGUCACAAAUUUUCAGCUCCUCUAACGGGGAGAGCCAAGCACAGUCUCACCUGGACCACCAAGGCCGGCCGGCUGGAUCAGACCUCCCGCAGUCCGGUCAACAGCAGCCCGCCAUCACCUCCGGCAGCCGACCUCCCACCCAGACUCACGUGAGCGGCACCACCCGCUACACCUUCACGCGCCCAGCCCCAGUCGUCUCGGGUGGAGUGCGCGAGCAGGGACGCACCUACACCUACCCGUUCGGGCGGGCCAACGGUGGUGGGGUGGGUGUGGUCCAGCCUGAUGCCUCGGGAGGGUCAGACUUGUACAGAGCCAACAGCAACUCCAACAACACGAACGGGUCUGAGCUACACGAUCGAGUGUCCAGCACAGAGUCACCACUAUACGACCCCCAGUCCACUCUCUCCCCCCGCCAGCAGCAUCAGCAACUCCUCCGACAACGGAACGCAGAGCGACAACGGCUGUUGCAGCAAAGACAACAACAGCAGCAACAACGACAACAACAACAACAGAUAGGUGGCUACCAACAUCCAGUUUAUUCCAGCAACCAGCAGCCAGGUGGUGGGUAUACCAGUGGCCUGAGGCAGCCAAUCUAUGGACAGCGACCGAUCUUCACAGGACAAAUCCCUGGUCAGCAGACGCCUGUAUAUGGCGGAAACUACCAGCAGGGGAGCCAGCCCCAGACUGUCUUCACCUACGGCGGAUACGGUCGAGGACUGCCAUUUGACACGGCCAGCUACUCCAGCGAAUGUCCUGACACCGGCAUCCGCAUCCAGAUAAAUGGCAUUCCCUGCGAGCAGGCAGUGGACCUGCACGGUACGUUUCUGUGUUACCGCCACGAGUACACCAGUCGAGAGUGCUGCCAGAAGUGCCGCCCCCUCAAAAAUCCCUCCCGGAUUGGGUGUGAAUACGGAGAUCAUUCAGGGCGCUGCACAGACCUGCGGUCUUACGACUGUUACGACCUUCGAAACCGACAGAGCUGUUGUGCCACCUGUGAACGGCUCCGCCAGACAGGGGCCAGAGCUGGAUGCGAGUACGGCGACAUGACCCCUAACUGCGACCGGGUGCGACAGAAUCCGGAGCUUUGCUACAUCCCUGAGAACCGCUACCUCUGCUGCGACACCUGUCACAGUAUCCGCGAUCUGAACGACGAAUGCCCCUGGGGUGACCAGAACUCAGAGCUGUGCGCGCCGUUUGAUCGCCUUGGCAACAUCCGCAUCAACUGCUACUCUCCCCCCAUCCGCCGCUUGUGCUGUCAGUCGUGUCCGCGGAUACAGGAAUGGUUGCCAGGGGAAUUACAAGGCUGUGAAUACGGAGACCGACCAGUGACCUUUAGUGCCGGCACUCACCGUAGCCUCAACUGCACGAGCUUCAUGCGUUACUUUGGCGCCCAGCAGUGCGUCCUCAACGAGGCGGUGGCCACGAACUGCUGCUACACUUGUCAUCGCUACAGCCAGGCCUAGCUCUCUCUCUCUUCCAGCUGUAUGCUAAAACUUUCAGUGAUGUUGGACGUUACCUGUUACCUGUAACUUUCUUUUGGUCUUGUUUAUUUGUUGUUUUAGUAAUAUUUUCUGGUGUACAGAUUUUUUUCUAUUUUUGUCCCAAAAUGACAAUAUCGUAGUUAUCAUCAUUAAUUACAUUCGGCUACUUUAUCCUGUCCUAGAAGGGUUUAUCACUGAUUUGAAACUGAUAACACCUGAUUGAAGCAGAUCAGCCGCCAUUUUACCAUACGGAAGGUGAUAUGUUUCAGGACAAGAAAUGCCUUCCACUUUAUUUUCGUAUUUUUUAAAUAUAUAUCUAUAUAAACUUUUAACGUUGCAUGAUUUGUUGUUGUUGUUUUUCGCGAACUGUUUUAUUUACUUGCUUUUUAAAGCGGAGGAUGCAGUUUCUGCUCAAAGCUGAUUUAUGACGCAAAAGAGUGACAAGAUGGCUACGUGAUGUGUGUAUGCGCAUGCGCAGGAUCUACCCGACAGGUUUAGAUCGUGGGUUUAUCGUUUAGAGUUAUCAGAACUGCCUGGAAUCUGCCGCGAUCUCGACAUGACUCUCAAGAUUCCAUGUAGUUCAGGCUCACUUUAUUUUUUAGUUUAUUUUUUUUAGACGUCAUAGUAGUUUUUAACAGCAAAACAUGGUGGAAGGGGAGUCUCCUGCCCAAACUCAAUUUUCCGAAAGUACCGAUCAUAUGGCGGCGGUGGUGGUGGUGCGGGGGUAAUUGUUGGUGGAGGGGACGAUCAUAUCGGACAGUAUUGCUGUUGCUAUGCAAUAAGAGUAGCAAUAGGCAAAGCCUGCCCUUGCAGCUUGUGUUUCUCGGUUAAUGUUUGAGCAGAGGCAAUCAGUAGCUACCGACAAAGCCAUGUAGAAAUGUAAAUCUCUGGAACAACAGCACUUGGGUGUUGCACACGAACUAUUUUUGUUUUAACCAGCGUGACAAGCAAAUGUAAUCUUUGACAUACAUCACUUCAACUGUUAUCUUUGACAUACAUCACUUGCAAAACUAUUUUUUGACGUCGAUGACUUGCAGACGGCUAUGUCGUGUGAGGGGCAAAGGAUGAACAACACCCGUUUUUAUAAAGGCCAUCACCUUAACUGUACUGUUCAAAGCAUGGAUGUGUGUAGGUGGAUUGCUGUCUGCCAAGACCAACGCUUAGCUUCUUGCGAAGUUCUCCGUUGUUAGUCUCGGAGAGCCUAAACAAAAAUGUGAAUAAACCGGAAGCUUUGUAUACAACUGCCUCGUUUUAGUAGUUAACUGGAAAAAAAAUCGUCUGCCAGCAGUCCAGUUAUACAAGUUCGUGGUUCAAAGUGCAAGGUUUCUGGCAUGAGCUCUUGACUAGGAAGUAAAGGACGAGCACUGUCGGGCAAUGUGUAACAUAUUGUAGAUUGUAACAUGGUCUUGUCAGCAAUCCAACUGUAGGACGUAGAGUGCCCAUAGAGACUAAACAUUUCAUCACGUGUACAUCUGAAGCUGUUUUUAAUUUAUGGGUGAUGUUAUGCAUAAGACGUAGAACUUUCUCCACCCAGUAUUGCAAUUUGCAACAAAGUCUUGGUCAGGAUGUUUGUGGAAGGGAUGGGGGAGCAAAACUUUCAAAAUUAUGAGAACGUCCAUCUUCGGAUAUUUGUGGUCAAUAUCAUAUUCAUAAAUGGAAAACCAUGUAUGCAAGCCUAUCAUUGUACAUACACAUCCAUGGGAGUGAAUUUUAUUCUCAAGUAAAUAAAAGCCAUUGCAAUAUGCUAAAAGUGAUUAGGCUCAUUAAAAUAGUAACCAUCCCCAAAUUUGAGGAUGACAAAAAAGAUUCAAUUUACGAGACGCUACCUUCAAAAAUCCAAAGGUACAAGAUGCGGUCAAGUCACUGGCGUCAAAUAAGGGGGAAAAAAAGUUUAUUUAUGCCUUCCCGUAAUGGGCGAGCUGCAAGUUUGUUAUCAUUAUGGCCUCGUUAUGUCUUAACACGACGUAGUAGUUCUGCCCCACUGUCUCUCAGUGAGGCAUUUGUAAAGAACUGAACCACACCACCCGAAAAUCUUUAUAAAACAUCUGAUGGGUCUUUUAAAACGUCUGACAAUCGCAGGUCAAGACCCUUUUAAAUUAUAAACUCGUUUGACAAAAUUGGUGUAAGGCAAGGAAAUGCAAAUUCCAGAAGCUUACACUAGCAUGUAAAACUACACAGAAUGUGAAUAUGUAGCAACUGCAGUUAUCGCAGCACUGUUACAUAUUUUCCUUCUGUGUAGCGUGACAAAAACGUUUCCCUUUGAAAUAUUUGUUGUAUAUAGACUGAAACGCUUUUUCAGAAAAAAAACUGUAAAUCUCAACAUACAUAAAGACACAGCUAGGCGUGUAAAGCCAUGGGUCUGAUAAUUCCUGCAUAUUAUUUUAUCACAAUGGAAAAGCAGUCUCAAAUUCCAUUAUUCUAAUUUUUCUGUUCACGUUAGAUCACUAACAUUAAAAAUAAAAAUCGUGGCUAGACUGCGAGGCAUGACAGGAUGACCUACGUCUUUGCAUUCUACAAUGUUUAACUUCGACGCAGCUUCAAGCCAAAGGCAUAUUUCAGGAUGCUUAAUAGUUUCAAUGUUUUGAAAAUAAAUGUUAUGUACGUCAUAA